AUGGCGAAUCAAGAAAUCACACUGAACCAUCUCGUUCCAUAUAUGAAAAAUAUAAAUUGCACAGUGAUAGUGCUAGAUGGAGGUUUUUCAGAAUUUUCCGUUUUUCGUUUUGUGAUAUUGAUGUUUUCAGGAGCAUAUAAACCAACAGCACACGGUUCAGUUUAUACUCUUCGCGUAGCUGAUAUCAGUGGCUCGAUAAAUGCCACAAUCAUGUAUCCAGACUAUACCGAGCGGUUCGAUCCUGGGGAUAUUCUCAAAAUCAAAAACGCCUCCGGAGUGGUUCAUCAAAGUCGUCUUCAAUUGGGAGUCAACUAUCGAAUGAACGGAGAAUGCAAGAAGAGCGGAGAGUUUUGUAUGAUCUUCAACGAGUUGCCAAACUUCAGUGACAGAGUGCUUCCGGAGAAUCUGCGAGAUCCGCGCGACCAGCAACGUCAGGGACCGCCGUCACGUGGUCAACAGAGACAUCAGCCUCCUAGGCAACCAUCACAACCCAGAGGACCACCACAGCCUUCCACAAGCGGAGGACAAGUCGGGCCUUCUUCUCGGCGAAUUUUGAAAUAG